AGAUCUGAUGCAACAUCAGUGAGUGACUCGUCCGAGUUCAGGUGAAGAAAAGGGGAAAACCAUAGCUGAGAAGAGAGUACCGUUCACAUAAUCAGACCAAAGAAAUCGCAGGGGAAAGCCUUCAUCUUCACCAAGAUCCCUUCAAAACCUUGAAGAAAUGAUUCAUUUUGUGCUUCUUAUUAGUAGACAAGGGAAAGUGAGAUUGACAAAAUGGUAUUCACCUUACUCACAGAAGGAGAGAACUAAGGUGUUACGGGAACUCAGCGGAGUCAUUCUUACACGAGGACCCAAGCUGUGUAAUUUUGUGGAGUGGAGAGGAUACAAAGUUGUUUACAAGAGAUAUGCUAGUCUCUAUUUCUGCAUGUGCAUUGAUCAAGACGAUAAUGAAUUAGAAGUCCUUGAAAUAAUUCAUCAUUAUGUUGAGAUUCUGGAUCGGUAUUUUGGCAGUGUCUGUGAACUAGACUUGAUCUUCAAUUUUCAUAAGGCCUAUUAUAUUUUGGAUGAGCUUCUAAUUGCUGGUGAACUCCAAGAAUCGAGCAAGAAAACUGUUGCACGGUUGAUCGCUGCACAGGUACAGUUUCUCUUAAAGAGUUUCAACACUAUUUGGUGGAGAUUUUUAUUGGUUGCUGAUUGCAAAUGUAAAUUUUGUUUUAGGAUUCUUUGGUGGAGACUGCUAAAGAAGAAGCCAGUUCUAUAAGCAAUAUAAUCGCUCAAGCCACCAAGUAAACGAUAUGCUUGUUGUACCGGUUCAAUAUGAGGCGCCAUAAUUGUACUAUUUUCCUUUUUGGUUUCUAAGGACAACCGAGAUACGGUUAUUGGUUAUAUGGCUGUUAAAGGUUUGUGUUGCAUACCUGCAUAGGUCUAUUUUUCUCUUCUACUCUUCUGCGUUUUUGUGCUUUGGCCAGUCUAUUUUGUUGGGCAGUAUAUUUUUAUUACUAUUUGUAAAUGAGCAAGCAUUAUUAUUUCAAUGUUUUCCCACUUAAAAA